AUGGGUGAGGGAGGUGCCGGCGAUAGCAACUACUGUAGAGUUGAUGCCGGGGAGACUGGUAGCGCCUCCUUCUCCUGGCAGGAGGGUAACACUCCAGCUGAGUGGGGGAAAAAUAUGAAAGGUGGAAGUGUUAUCGUCAGCAACCUCAUCUGUGAAGGAGAGAACGUCUGGUCACAAGAGUAA